UGAUCCGCACAAUCUCUUCCUCAUCACAAUCAACCAAAAUGUCACAUCUCGCACCAAACGCUGCCCGCCAGGCGCUACGGCAAUGCACUCGCCGUCUAUCCACAUCGACGACAUCUUUCACCGCACAUCUUCCUCGAGCCUGUAUCACUGCACGAAGUCGGAGGAACUAUGUCUCCGAGUCAAGUCCUAAGAAUGCCACCGUCGAGAGCACAAUUCGACAGGAUCAAAAGGCAUUCCUAUCAGAGACCGGCAUCAGGCCAAAGGACACCACACUGCCCGGCUCGGGCAUCCCAGGCGAUGUAGCAAUGAGUCCCGCCGCCGGCAUCUUGAAGCAAGCAACCGUCAUGGACGAAGGCACCCGACCUAUCUAUCUCGACAUGCAAGCCACCACACCCACCGAUCCACGAGUACUCGAUGCAAUGCUACCUUACAUGACUGGAAUGUACGGCAAUCCUCAUUCACGGACACAUGCUUACGGAUGGGAGACCGACACAGCGGUCGAGGACGCACGAGCACACAUCGCAGCGCUUAUCGGAGCCGACCCGAAGGAAAUUAUCUUCACGAGUGGCGCCACCGAGAGCAAUAAUAUGAGUGUAAAGGGUGUUGCCCGCUUCUUCAAGAAGGGUGGCAAGAAGAAUCACAUCAUCACUUGCCAGACCGAGCACAAGUGUGUCCUCGAUAGCUGUCGGCAUUUGCAAGAAGAGGGCUUCGAGGUCACAUAUCUGCCAGUUCAGAACAAUGGACUGGUUGAUAUGGCAGAGUUGGAGAAGGCCAUGCGACCUGAGACUUGCUUGGUGUCGAUCAUGACUGUCAACAACGAGGUCGGCGUCGUUCAACCAAUGGAGGAAAUUGGCAAGCUGUGCCGGAGCAAGAAGAUCUACUUCCACACAGAUGCCGCGCAAGCGGUAGGCAAGAUUCCGAUUGAUGUGAACAAGAUGAACGUCGAUCUCAUGUCGAUCUCUGGACACAAGAUUUAUGGACCGAAGGGUAUCGGAGCUUGCUACGUGCGAAGACGACCACGAGUGAGACUCGACCCAAUCAUCUCGGGAGGCGGACAGGAGAGAGGACUUCGAUCUGGAACGCUGGCUCCGCCGCUCAUCAUUGGAUUCGGCGAGGCAGCACGCAUUUGCAAGGAGGAGAUGGAGUACGACACCAAGCGCAUUUCCGCCUUGUCGAAGAAGCUCUCCACCAACCUCCUCGCUAUGGAACACACAUCUCUCAACGGAGAUCCAGUGGCUCACUAUCCCGGCUGUGUCAAUGUCUCCUUCGCUUACGUCGAGGGCGAAUCGCUGCUUAUGGCGCUCAAGGACAUUGCGCUCAGCUCAGGCUCAGCCUGCACGUCUGCUUCUCUUGAGCCCUCUUACGUGCUUCGUGCGUUGGGCAACUCUGAUGAAUCGGCGCAUAGCUCGAUCCGUUUUGGUAUUGGACGCUUCACGACGGAUGACGAGAUUGAAUAUGUGUUGAAGGCGGUCCAGCAGAGGGUCACGUUCUUGAGAGAGUUGAGCCCACUGUGGGAAUUGGUCCAGGAGGGUGUGGACCUGAAUACUAUUGAGUGGUCGCAGCACUAAAGUGAAGUGGAAUGAG